AUGGGUCUGAUUAAGCGAGUUAACACAUGGUCAUACGACGAUCAACUCGACUACCUUUCUGUCAAUCCAACUAGAGAUGAAGUUACGCAUUAUAAGGUCGACCCUCAUAACUACUCAGAUGAAUCUAUUGUAAAGUUAAAUACGGUAAAAGAUUUUGGAAGCAUUACCUGUUUAGAUUAUUCAGAAUCAGAAGCAGGGCUUAUUGGUGUUGGUGAGAAAUCUGGUUAUGCAAGAAUUUUAAAUAUUAUAGAAGAUAGCGAGAAUGAUUAUUACUAUGAUUUUAAAGUACGAGCUAAAAAAGUGAGGUGUAUAAAUGCUCUAGUUAUUAAUAAUAGUGGAUUAGUUGCAGUUGGUUUAGAUAGGCAUAGGAAUGAUGCUUCAUUGCAAAUUUGGGAUGCAAAUUAUCAGAAUACAGAUUCAGAUAUUAUAAAUCCUAGUUUUUCUUAUUGCGUCAAUGAGAAUAUCGUCUCUUUGAGGUUUUUGCAGGAUACAAGUCUUUUGGUCUCAAGUACCAAAUUUUUAAAAGAAAUUGAUAUAAGAUCUUCCAAUCCAGUUUUCCAAUUACCUACUAGACUCUCUUAUGAUAUAAAAUUAAAUCCGUUUAAUGGUUGGCAAUUUAGCACAUAUGGUGAUGAUGGUACACUGGCUAUUUGGGAUAGAAGAAGAUUAGCAUCUCAUGAUAAUUCGGCUGGAUUAAGUCUUCCCCAACCAUUGAUUCAAUUUGAUAAACUAGUUGGUACAGGUGCUGCCUCUAGAAAGUAUAUGAAUUCAUGUUUUCGUUGGUCCACUGUGAGAAAUUGGGAAUUUUCUACUUUACAUCACGGUAAUACCAUAAAAAGAUGGAAUCUAGGAUCAACAAUGCAGCAAGAUGAAAAUAGUAAUGAAUACGAAGAACUAUUUGUAUCAAAAGUUCAAGAAGUCAUGACAACCUUCGAUAGAGUUGUGACAUUUGACUAUAUUCCACAAGAUAAUUAUAGAACUAGUUUGAUUUGUAUGAGACAAUCCGGCACUGUAUAUCGAAUGCCAAUACUAGAAACAUAUUCAAAAGCUAAAUUUGACAAUUAUAAUAGUUUGAUACUUUCAAACUCAGAUAGUCCACAGUUUGAUGAGUUAAGGGUAUCUGAUGAUGACGACAAUGCAGCCUUUGGCACUAUCCAAAAUUCAAUAAAGGAGUUAUCCUUUGAAGAUCUUGAUAUCGCUGAUGAGAUGAUAGCAUCCAAUAAUAUCAACGAUGAGAACAGUGAUCAUGGCACAGAGACUACAAAGGAUGGUAGCAGUGUCAUUGAAAAUGAUGAUACUGAAUCACUUUUAGAUAAUGAAGAUGACUAUGCACUAUUUUGGAAGCCUCAAAAACUUUUGAAACAAGAUAUUAGUGUAAUAAUGAAAAAGAGAGCAAAAUUAGAGUACGGUUUAGAUCCUGUUACGACUGUUGAAAAAAUUGACUGUUCAAAGGACUUACAAAAUUUUUCAUACAUUCGUAAUACCUGGAGAUGGAUUGCUAUAGCGAAGGCAGCAGUUGAUGACGGUUCCAUGGCAUCAAAGAACUUAGAUUUAGGCUAUGAGGGUAUUUUGGGUAUUUGGAAUGGGUUAAGUAGUAUAUCAGUACAAAGAAGAUAUUACGAUGAUUCUCUGUUGACUGAAAAGCAGUUAAAUAAGGAAAUCGAGAAGAUCAUGAAAGCAAGAAGGAAAAAUAAAUCAACUCAAGGACAGAAAAAUCCUUUAACAAAGUGGUCAGACUCUCCGAAGCAUAUUCAAAGAAAAUUAUGUCUGAUUAUUUCAGGAUGGGAUUUAACAACUAGUGAUUAUGAAGAUAAAUAUAAGAAAAUAAUAGCGAAUGGCAAUCAUGAAAAAGCAGCAGCUUGGGCUGUCUUUUUUGGUGAUAUUCCUAAAGCUGUUGAAAUUUUAAGCUCAGCUAAAAAUGAGAGGCUACAGUUAAUUGCUACAGCUGUUUCUGGUUAUAUGGUAUACAAAGAUCACCUUGGAAAUAACCCCUGGAGACAGCAAUGCAGAAAAAUGGCGUCGGAAUUUGAAAACCCGUAUUUGAGAGUUAUAUUUGCCUUUAUUGCAGAUAAUGAUUGGUGGGAUGUUCUUUAUGAACCUGCUAUUUCAUUACGUGAAAGAUUAGGUGUUGCAUUAAGAUUUUUGAACGAUUCAGAUUUGACUAUCUUUUUGGAGAGGACAUCAAGUUCAGUCAUCUCCAAUGGUGAGUUAGAGGGUUUGAUCCUUACUGGUAUCACCCCAAGUGGUAUUGAUUUAUUACAAUCAUAUGUCAACAAAACAAGUGAUAUACAGAGUGCAGCAAUGGUUUCAAUUUUUGGAUCACCCAGGUACUUUCAUGAUAAGCGAGUUGACGAAUGGGUCUCUACGUAUAGAGAUAUGCUGAAUUCUUGGGAAAUGUUUGCUAUGAGAGCCAAAUUUGAUGUUUUGAGAUCGAAGUUAUCUAAAACUAGAGGAGGCACAAUUACAGCGAAUGUUAGACCUAGACAACUUUAUAUUCAAUGUAUUAAUUGUAAGAAGAACAUCAAUCAACCAUCACCUCAUAUUAAUCUCAAGAGAAAUGCGACUUCCAAUUCAUUGAAUGAUGGCUCUACUGGAAAUUCCAGCACCAAUUUGGUUGCAAGUAAUGCCAAUGGGUCUCAAUCAUCUAUGGUUACAAAUAAGAGGAUGUUUGGAACCGUUAACAAUGCAAUGAAUUCAAAUAAGAAAGUCAAACAAAAAUACAAUUGUCCUCAUUGUGGGGCGCAGUUACCAAGAUGUGCAAUUUGUCUUUUACCGUUAGGUACUUCGAAUUUACCAUUUACAAUCAAAGGUAUAGAAGAUCAAAGUGCAGCAGGCGGUGUAAAUAAAGAUAAUCUGACUGGUAAUGAAGACGAACAUAAUACAGCAAUUAAUAAAAAAAAUGAGUCCAAUACCGAGAAUGCAUUAGAGAAUAAAAAUAUCGACAACAAAGAUCUAAUCAAUAAAAAUGAUACAGCUUUCUUAGACGAAGCAUUAUUGAUGAAUGAGGAAUUAAAAGAACAAAAAAGAUUAAGAAUGAAUGAAUGGUUUAGUUUCUGUCUCAGUUGCAACCAUGGAAUGCAUUCAGGUCAUGCUGAUGAGUGGUUUGUAAGACACAAUUUCUGUCCUGUUCCUGGUUGCAACUGUCAAUGUAACAAAAAGUGA